GCCCAUCAAGCUCACCGAACAACAAUGGGCCAUCCAGAACACCGAGCGGCUAUGGGUCAUCGAGCGCCUCGAGUGAAAAUGAUCCAUCCCGCGCACCGAGUGGCAAUAACCCAUCAAGCGUACCGAGUGGAGAUGUGCCAUCAAGUGCAACAAGUGGUGAUGUGCCAUCAAGUGCAACGAGUGGAAAUAUCCCAUCGAGUGCAACGAGUGGCAACGACCCAUCGAUCGCACCAAGUGGCAACGGGCCAUCGCGCGCAUCGAGUCAAGAUGGCUCAUCAAGCGCACCAAGUGGGAACGACCCAUCGAUCGCACCAAGUGGCAACGGGCCAUCGCGCACGUCGAGUCAAGAUGACUCAUCAAGCGCGCCGAGUGGGAACGACCCAUCCCGUGCACCAAGUGGCGAUGGACCAU